GCGGUUGAGCUGUGGCCGCCGGAAGUUGCGAGGGUCCGCUGCCUUGGUUCGCUUGUUUUUAAAAGCGCGAGGAACCGUUGGCGGUUGGCGAAGCGAAUCCCUCAGUGGCGCCCACCUGAGAGGUGCCGGAGUUGAGUUCGGGCGAGUUCUGGCUGAAAAAGCCCUGCCUGUGACCCAAAGAUGAUGCUAGCUCCUUUGAUACUGUGUGUAAUCCUGCUGAUAGGAGGUAGUGAAACUCAAAAUGAUGACUGGAUUGAUCCAACAGACAUGCUGAACUAUGAUGCAGCUUCAGGAACCAUGAGAAAACCUGAUAAGUUGCUGCAGGUGAACCAGGAUGAUUCUGAAGAUAAGAAAGUUCCCCAAAAAUCAGUAGUAAAAGAAAAUAUUGUGGAUGUUUCCAUGUGCCAAAAGCAACUUGAUUCUUUAAUUCUUAAGCUUGAAGAAUAUGAAAAGAGAGAUAAAGCCAAGUUAUAUGAAAACAAUAGCAUCCAUGUUUUUAAGAGAUAUUUGAAUAAGAUUUUAAUUGAAGCUGGAAGACUUGGUCUUCCUGAUGAUAACACUGGAGAUGUGCAUUAUGAUGCUGAGAUCAUCCUUACAAGACAGACAUUUAAUGAAAUCAACAGGUUUCUUAAUGAAGAGGGCUGGAAAUCAGCUGCUUUGGAUGAUGCACUCAGUGAUAUUCUGAUUAACUUUAAGCAUCAUGAUGCUGAAGUUUGGAAAUGGAAGUUUGAGGACACAUUUGGGGCUGAUGCAUAUAAUGUCUUUAUGGUACUUCUGUGUUUAGUGUGCAUUUCAGUAAUAGUUGCUACAGAACUAUGGACACGCAUUGGUUGGUUUACACAGCUAAAACGUGUUUUAUUCGUAAGUUUUCUCAUCAGUUUUGGGUGGAACUGGAUGUACCUAUAUAAGGUAGCCUUUGCUCAGCAUCAAGCUGAAGUGGCAAAAAUGGGAAAAUUUGAUACUGUAUGUGCUGAGAAGAUCCGUUGGAGUGAUGGUCUAAUAGAAUGGUUUAGAAGCUCGAUGACGUUCCAAGAUGAUCCUUGUCAAAAGUAUUAUGAAACCGUAUUAGUAAAUCCUAUUUGGCUUGUUCCUCCAACAAAGGCAUUGGCUGUUACAUUUACCAAUUUUGUAACGGAGCCAUUGAAGCACAUAGGUCAAGGAAUUGGUGAAUUUAUUAAAGCACUCAUGAAAGAGAUUCCAUUGCUGCUACAUAUCCCAGUGCUGGUGAUCAUAGCAAUAGCAGUUUUGGGUUUCUGCUUUGGGGCUGGAAGCUCAGUGAAUGCGCUAAGGAUGUUAAGCUACUCAGACAAGCGGCCACCUCCAGCACUUCCUCCAACAGAUGAACAGCCGCCUGCACUUCCCCCAAGGGGCAAACAGUCACCUCCUGCACUUCCCCCAAGGAAUAAACAGCCACCUCCUGCACUUCCUCCAAGGACCAGAGCAAUCCAAGAACAAAUGCUACAUCUGCAGCCAAAUGACGCAGGUGAAAAUGGUGUCAACAUUAUAGAAAAUAUGGAAAAUACAUACAAUAUUUACUCCAUCAAGAGAGGACCUUAUGACAGAGGAGAUGCUUCAGUAAAGUCUUCCGAAGAAGUAAAUUCACAAACAGAAGCAGAAAAAAAGAACAGUGAAGACCGUCCUAGUGGAUUAGAUACUAAACCAGGUGAUCAAGCUACUGAUAGAAUAGAGAACAGCACAGAUCAAAGCCUGGUUGAACUGGACAGACCUAGCCACAUACAAGAAUUUACAAGAGGCAAUGAAGAUGAAACAAAAUGUAACUUUAAAGAGGACAGGAGUGUGCAGCAAGAAGUUCCGGAUAUAACAGGAUGUAAGAAGAAAGAGAGCCACUCAUGUGAAUUAGAAGAACCCCCAGAGAAGAUUGUAGAACAUUUGAGCUUUACUGAACAAAAACAGAGGAACACUGCUUCCUGAUAGACCACCUUAUACCAGGGAAAUGAUUUUUUUAAAUGCCUCUGCUAACCAACAAAUGUUCGUUAUCUACUUUUGUCAGUUUUCAUUCUUAUAGAACUUCUUUGCAUAUUAGGUAUCAGGGCACAUAAAUUAUAUUUAUGAAGCACCUUUGUUUCCAUACAACAACUUCAACACAUUUUAAAAACAUUUAAUGAGAAAAUAAUGUAAUUCGAAAAGGGACUCUACUGGUAAAAUGCUUUUAAAAUUUGUGCUAAGUUUUUUUGUAGUUAAUAUUUGCCAACAAAAUAAACUCUUACAAAAUGUUA